AUGGCCUCCCGCACAGCUCUUCGGGGCUUCUCCCGCUCUAUUAAGCCCUCGACAUGUCCCAUCCGCCUCGCCCGCCCUUUCUCCAGCUCCAAUGCCGUCCACAACAACCCCCACACCACUCCCACCUCCGACCGACCCUCCCACUUUGGCUUCGAAACCGUCUCCGAGGGCGAGAAGCAGCAGCGUGUUGCCGGUGUCUUUUCCAGCGUCGCCGACUCUUAUGACAAGAUGAAUGAUUUCAUGUCCUUGGGCAUUCACCGGUUGUGGAAGGACUACUUCAUCUCAUCGCUUAACCCCGGCGCCACCAACCCUCCUGGCCAACCGCAGCGUAUCCUAGACGUUGCUGGAGGCACUGGCGACAUUGCCUUCCGUAUGCUCCAACACGCCCACAUCCAAAACGGCAACUCCAAUGUCGAAGUCACCAUCUCCGACAUCAACCCCGACAUGUUGGGUGUCGGUCGUCAGCGCUCCCUCGAGCUUCCCGCAACCUACCAGUCCGCCCUCUCCUUCCUCGAGGCCAAUGCGGAGGUUCUGCCGUCGUCCAUUAAGGACAACUCGCUCGACCUCUACACUGUUUCCUUCGGAAUCCGCAACUUCUCCAAUAUCCCGGCCGCCUUGAAGGAGGCCAACCGAGUUCUCAAGCCAGGUGGUAUUUUUGCCUGCCUCGAGUUUUCCAAGGUGGACAAGUACCCCCUGUUCAAUGCCAUCUACAAGCAAUGGUCGUACGGCGCCAUUCCCCUGAUCGGCCAGCUCGUAGCCGGCGACCGCGACAGCUACCAGUAUCUCGUGGAGAGCAUCGACAGGUUCCCCAGUCAAGAGGAAUUUAGAGACAUGAUUAUCGACGCUGGAUUCGUUGUCGCUGGAAAGGGGUACGAGGAUCUGACUGGUGGUAUUGCCGCUAUUCACAAGGGCAUGAAGCCUCUGUAA